CAUGGCGGUGUGUUGAUGGGAGAGUUUACGUAAACAAAACGUUAACUUAAAUACUUUUGUAAUUAACAAAGUUUGUAAAUAAUAAAAUUACACUAAUAAAUAUUACGGUUAAACUUCUGUAAAUAAAUAUACAUAUUACAUAUUAAAUAUUACCACGUUUUCAUGAUUAAAAACUGUGCAAUCAUUAAGUAUUGGUUGUGUAUCUACUGUACAUUCAUAUACUUGUGGAAUCAAUAACAUUUUCUAAAAGCUUAUUGUAUAUUAACGCAUAAGGUCCAAAAAUGGCUGAUUCUGAGGAAGAAAAUGAUAAAGACAUAAUGUCUGGAAUCAAUAUGACUGGAUUUUUGUUUGGAAAUAUCGAUGACAAUGGUCAAUUAGAAGAUGACAUUCUUGAUCCAGAAGCAAAGCAACAUUUAGCUUCUCUAAAUCGUCUUGGAUUAAGUUCAUUUAUUCAAGAAAUGAUGUUUAAUGAUAAUUCUAUUGAAGGACAAAAAGAAUCCAAUGAUAAAUCUAAAGAAGACAGUGAAGCGAUUGAUGAAAAUGAAAUUAACUAUAUUGAGAAAUCACCCAAUGCGCUUGAUUUUUCUGACAUAAAUGAACUAGCAGAUGAUGAGAGGGAAGAAAGUAACAAAGAUACAUUUGGUGAAAAAGCUGAGAAAGAAAGUGCUGACUAUGAUGCGGAUGAUGAAGAAGUUGUUAAUAAAUCUGAUACCCAAUUAAUGCCACCUCCUCCAAUACCUGAAGAAAAGGAGGCGCUCACAGCAGAAGAAGCAGAGGCUGCACGUCAGCGUAAAUUAGAAACUCCUCUUGCAUCUAUGCUACCAUCCAAAUAUGCCAAUGUUGAUGUCACCGAGUUAUUUCCCGAUUUUCGUGCCAACAAAGUAUUAAGGUUUUCAAGAUUGUUUGGACCAGGAAAGCCUAGUAGCCUUCCACAGAUAUGGAGAGGUGUUAAAAAGCGACGUAAAAAGAAACGGCAUCAUGAUAUCAGAGAUUCUGAUUCUGGUUCUGAUCAAGAUGAAAAGAAACCAAAAUUUAAAGGUUGGAUAAUGCAGUAUGGUACAGACCCAACACCAGAUAUGUGUUGUGCUGAUGAUGAAAAUAAACUGUUAAUGCCGGUAGAAGAUAAACAACAUGUAGGUAAAACAGGUGAAACUGGAGAAAAUGGGGAUAUGGGACCAAAGGUAGCGGAUUGGCGCUUUGGACCUGCACAACUUUGGUACGAUAUGCUUCAAGUUCCAGAAACUGGGGAUGGUUUCAAUUAUGGAUUUAAACUGUUAGAGAAGGCAGAAGAAUCUAACAAUAAAGAUACUAAAGAUAUUAGAGAUACUACAGACACCUUAGAUACUACAGAUAUUAUGGAUAUACAAGAUACCAAAGAUAUUAAAGAUAGUAAAGAUAACAGCGAAGAAUUUUCUGAUGAUGCAUUUUUGAUGGUGUCACAAUUACAUUGGGAGGAUGAUGUCAUAUGGAAUGGCGACGACAUAAAGCACAAAGUGUUACAGAAGCUGAAUAGUAAAAAUAACGCAGCUGGAUGGGUACCGUCUAGUGGAAACAGAACUGCUCAAGCAUUUAGUCAGCCAGGUAAAGGAGCACCUGUACCAGUUGCGUCGAACGUUCGAUUAGCUACUUCACAAAUUACAACUCCAUUACAUAUGCAAUCGCAGAAAAAUAAAAUGAAUAUGAACAAGGGAAACCAGCAACAAGCACGAGAAGAAAAUUACGACGAUACCUGGUAUUCUAUUUUCCCUGUAGAAAACGAGGAACUAGUUUAUGGAUUGUGGGAGGAGGAAGUGAUUUGGGAUCCGGAAAAUAUGAACAAAAUUCCAAAGCCUAAAAUUCUUACUCUAGAUCCAAACGAUGAAAAUAUUGUUCUUGGUAUUCCCGACGACAUAGAUCCGGCGUUACAUCAUAAAGAUAAUGGACCUCAGCCGAAAGUAAAGAUACCCCAUCCGCAUGUUAAAAAGAGUAAAUUAUUACUUGGCAAAGCUGGAGUAAUAAAUGUACUCGAAGAAGAUACUCCACCGCCACCGCCGAAAUCACCAGAUAGAGAUCCGUUUAACAUUUCGAACGACACAUAUUACAUGCCACGGUCUUCGGAAACGACAUUGCGAUUAAAAGUUGGGGGUGGAAAUCUGAUACAACAUAGCACACCGGUAGUAGAACUACGUGCUCCGUUUGUUCAGACACAUAUGGGACAAAUGAGACUUCGAAAUUUCCACAGACCACCGUUAAGAAGAUUCAGUCAUGGUCCACUUGCCCAUCCUGGACCUCAUUCUGUCUUACCAUUAGUGAAACAUAUCAAAAAGAAGUCUAAGCAAAGAGAACAAGAAAGAAUCGCAUCCGGUGGAGGUGAUGUCUUCUUUAUGAGAACUGCUGAAGAUUUAACAGGCAAAGAUGGUGAAUUGGUACUCGUCGAGUUUUCUGAAGAACAUCCUCCUUUGAUGAAUCAAGUAGGAAUGUGCUCUAAAGUGAAGAAUUAUUAUAAAAGAAAAGCGGGUAAAGAUCAAGGACCACAAAAAUAUAAAUACGGUGAAACUGCUUAUGCACACACCAGUCCUUUCCUCGGAAUUCUUACACCUGGUCAAAGUAUACAAGCGGUUGAAAAUAAUAUGUACAGAGCGCCAAUCUAUGAACACAAAAUUCCGGAGACAGAUUUCCUAGUCAUAAGGACAAGACAGCAGUAUUACAUUAGAGAAGUGGAUGCUAUAUUUGUUGCCGGUCAAGAGUGUCCGUUGUACGAAGUACCGGGUCCCAAUUCAAAGAGAGCUAAUAAUUUUGUCCGAGAUUUCUUACAAGUAUUUAUAUAUAGAUUAUUUUGGAAAUCUCGCGAUACACCUCGUCGCAUUAGAAUGGACGAUAUUAAAAAAGCGUUUCCUUCGCAUAGCGAAAGUAGUAUUAGAAAACGUUUGAAGUUAUGCGCCGAUUUCAAACGAACAGGUAUGGAUUCCAAUUGGUGGGUUAUAAAGCCGGACUUUAGAUUACCGACUGAGGAAGAGAUCAGAGCUAUGGUGUCUCCUGAACAGUGUUGCUCUUACUUUAGUAUGAUAGCAGCAGAACAAAGAUUGAAAGAUGCUGGUUACGGUGAAAAGUUCUUGUUUACACCUCAAGACGACGACGACGAAGAGAUGCAAUUAAAGAUGGAUGAUGAAGUUAAGGUUGCACCUUGGAAUACAACACGGGCAUACAUUCAAGCUAUGAAAGGCAAGUGUUUGUUACAACUGGCAGGACCGGCUGAUCCAACAGGUUGUGGCGAAGGAUUUUCUUAUGUUAGAGUACCAAAUAAGCCAACAAUUAGCAAGGAGGAGCAAGAAGCACAGCCAAAGAGGACAGUAACCGGGACUGAUGCUGAUUUAAGAAGACUAUCAUUGAACAAUGCAAAAGCGUUGCUCCGUAAAUUCGGCGUGCCGGAAGAAGAAAUCAAAAAGUUAUCACGGUGGGAAGUUAUCGACGUAGUUAGAACAUUAUCGACAGAGAAAGCUAAAGCUGGGGAAGAGGGUAUGACAAAAUUCUCGAGGGGAAAUAGAUUUUCCAUUGCCGAGCACCAAGAGAGAUACAAAGAGGAAUGUCAAAGAAUCUUUGAUUUACAAAAUCGUGUAUUGUCCUCUAACGAGGUUCUAAGCACAGACGAGGGUGAAAGCUCGGAAGAGGAUAGCUCCGACAUAGAGGAAAUGGGUAAAAAUAUAGAGAACAUGCUUUCGAAUAAAAAAACUAGCACCCAAUUAUCUCUCGAACGGGAAGAGCAACAACGACACGAAUUACGAAAAAUGUUAAUGGGCGAAGUGCAUGAACAGGAUAAGAAGAGUAAAGAGAAGAAGAAAGAUGACGAGGAAGAUAGUCCGGUAAAUAAUUAUAACGCGCAACAGGGUAGAGUUCUUAAGAUUUAUCGAACGUUUCGAAAUCCGGAGGGUAAAGAAUUUACUAGAAUAGAAUUAGUGAGGAAACCGGCGGUCAUAGAUACUUACAUAAAAAUUCGAAAUUCGAAAGAUGAAACGUUUAUUAAACAAUUCGCGACGCUGGACGAAGCGCAGAAAGAAGAAAUGAAGAGAGAAAAGCGAAGAAUUCAGGAACAGUUGAGAAGAAUCAAACGGAAUCAAGAACGGGAACGUAUGCUCGGUGGUCCAAUGACUGGAAAUAAUAUCUCGUCGAAUAAUAUAUUCGAUCGUAGCUGUAACAAUACCCCAAUCACUACAUCCUCGAACAGUAUCCUUCCAUUCUGUAAUUCAUUUCAAUCUAUUUCUCCUGCUUCUAAACAUCCUAAACCUGAAACCUCUCCUUCCAAACGAAAGAAACCUAAACUUAAACCAGAUCUUAAAUUGAAAUGCGGUGCUUGUGGUAACGUAGGUCACAUGCGUACGAAUAAAGCUUGCCCUUUGUAUCAGAAUAGCAUAACAACAGCACCGGUAAAUGUAGCAAUGACGGAGGAACAAGAGGAAGAAAUUGAAAAGCAGCUUAACACGGAUGACCAGGAUCUCGUUAACGUUGAUGGUACCAAAGUGAAGUUAUCUUCUAAAUUAAUUAAGCAUGCUGAGGAAAUGAAGAGGCGUACCUUACUAUUGAAAGUGCCUAAAGAGGCGGUGAAUUCGAAGAAACGAAGAAGAGCUACCGGAGAUGAUCACUGUGAUUAUCUUAAACGACAACAGAGACCUGCUAAUAGACGUCGAACUGAUCCUGUUGUUGUUAUGUCUACGAUGUUAGAAAGUAUACUCAACGAAAUGCGAGACCUGCCUGAUGUUCAACCUUUCUUGUUCCCUGUUAACGCUAAAGCUGUUCCUGAUUAUUAUAAAAUUAUACAACGACCUAUGGAUUUACAAACUAUACGGGAAAAUCUGAGAUUAAAAAAGUACCAAAGCCGAGAAGAAUUCUUAGCGGAUGUAAAUCAGAUUGUUGAAAAUUCAACGUUGUACAAUGGAUUAAAGAGUUCGUUGACAGUGGCAGCUAAACGUAUGUUGGAAACUUGCGUAGAAAGGCUUGGUGAAAAGGAGGAUCGUUUAAUGAGAUUGGAAAAAGCAAUUAAUCCUCUUCUGGACGAUAACGACCAGGUUGCUCUUACUUUCAUCUUGGACAAUGUUGUUAAUAAUAAAUUGAAAUCUAUGACAGAAGCUUGGCCGUUCUUGAAACCGGUAAAUAAGAAAUUAGUGAAAGAUUAUUACACUGUUAUUAAAAGGCCUAUGGAUUUGGAAACGAUAUCUAAAAAAGUUUCUGCUCAUAAAUAUCAUAGCCGGCACGAGUUCGUCAGAGAUAUUGAACAAAUUUUGGAAAAUUGUACAAUAUAUAAUGGGAAAGAAUCGCCGUUUACACAGAAAGCAGAGUUAGUUGUAAAAAUUUGUAAAGAAACAUUAGACGAGUACGAUGAACACCUGACACAAUUGGAGAACAACAUAUUAUUGGUACAAAAACGAGCGAUGGAACAAGAAGACUAUGAUCCUUCAUGGCUGGGCCCGGACGAAGAAAAUUAUACUAUUGUAGAACCAGAAUUUAGAGGGAGUCAAACGAGUUCACCGGAGAAUCCAUUCGGAAAGUCAAAUGUGGAUGAUUUUGAUUUCGUGGAUGUUGAGGGUGAUACAGAAGGUGACGGUAGUAGAAGUGCAAAUUCGAAGAAGAAAGAUGUGCUGGAAGAAGAUCUACAAUUCUCAAGUGAAGACGAGUUCGACGAGGUUCCCUUUGGUACGGACGAACAGUCGGAAAACGCUGAAAUGGAACCACUUGAACUGAACGAAGUUAGGGAAGGUGGAGUAGUACUUGCAGAUGAUGAUAGUCAACAGGCAGCAGAAGCAAUGGUUCAAUUGGGUAAUGUUGGUUUUUAUAUGGCGGAUCAACAGUUGCUUCAGCAAGAUGAAAGUAUGGACGUCGAUCCAAAUUACGAUCCCUCAGAUUUCUUACUGGCUGGUUUACCUGCAAGGGAAGAGAAAGGUGAAAAUAAGAUACAGGAUGAUUUGGCUGUAUCUGAAAGUGAUGACGAUGCAGAGAGCAGUGCUCAGCAAAAACAAAAAACUCCGCAACAAAUAUCGCAACCAGAUGAUGAUGUCGGUGGUGAUUUGUGGUUCUAAAGGAAAUUUGUUUCUAUUAAGUAACAAUGUCAUGAUAUAAUUUAUUUCUUAAAUCAAAAGACUUAUAUACAAUAUUAUAAAAUAUAACGAAGAUAUAUUUAUUUCUUAUAGAAAUUAAUGAUGUUUUUGUAUAAAAUAGUAUAUUAUGUAUAUAUACACACAUACAUGUAAAUACAUAAUAGAAUAUUGUUUUUUAAGUUU